AUGCAAUAAGAGAAAGGAAGGAUUUAUUAUGGAAGAUUUGUACAAAAAGAGAAAUUAAACCAAGGUAUUAACAAUGUUUGAUAGAAAAGGGUCUUUCGGAGUUGUUUAUAUUUGCCAUGAUAAAGUUACUAGAGAUUAUGUAGCCAUUAAAGUCGAAAAAGAAAACAGUGAUUUAAUGAGCUUAGAGAGAGAAAUAUAAAUUAUAGAAGAAUUGAGAGGAAUUGUUGGUGAACAUAUAUUAUUAAUCUUCAGGAGUUCCAAAACUCUAUUGGUAUGGAAAUGAAUAUAAUUCAAAUUGUAUGGCAAUGCAAUUACUUGGAAAAGACUUAGCACACUUUUUAAAAAGAUAUAGAAAACUAUCACUAAAAACAAUUUGUAACUUAGCAGAAUAACUGCUCACUAUCAUAGAAGAAGUUCAUAAAAGGUUUAUAUAUUCUUCUAUAAAAGAGGUGUUAUCCAUCGAGAUAUUAAACCAGAAAACAUUCUCAUGGGAAGAGGAAAUGAUUCUCAAUAAGUUUAUCUAGUCGAUUAUGGUAUAUCAAAAAAAUACCGUACCAAUGGCUAACAUAUGUAAAUACGUUCAUUAAUAUAUUAGAUAAUUUUAAGAAAACAAGCCUUUUAUGGGAACUACUCGUUAUGCUAGCAUCUCAGCUCAUAAAGGAUAUGAAUUAUCAAGAAGAGACGAUUUAGAAAGUCUAGGAUAUGUGUUCAUUUACUUAUUAAAAGGUAUUCUCUCUAGAUAAUCAUUUAGGAAUUUUACCAUGGUAAAAUAUUACAUCCUCCUCAGAUAGAGAAAAAACUAAGUUAGUUGGAAAACUCAAAAUGGAAAUAGAAAUGAGAGAAUUAUGUAAGGGACUUCCAACAGAAUUUUAAAGAUAUAUGGAUUAUGUAUAGAAAUUGAAAUUUGCAGCUACCCCAGAUUAUAAAUAUUUAUUUAGUUUAUUCUAAAAGAUUGCAUAACAAAAUGGAAUCAAUUUUGAUAGAAAAUUUGAUUGGAAUGAUAAUUAAACUAGUUCUACUAAAUCUUCAGAUUAAGCUUAAUAAUCUUUUAAUGAUAUUGAUGUUUCUAACUUACAAAGUGAUUAUCUAAAAAUACCUGAUUUAAAAAAAAGUGAAAAAAGAAAGUCAUUUUAAAUAGAAUAAUAUAGUUCUUAAUAAUCAUCUGUUGUGUUAAAUUAUGUACCUUCAGUAGUAUCUAAAAUUAAUAGCAGACUGAAAGAUAGUAACUGUCAAAGAUCUCGCCAAAACUCAAAAAAGUCUCUCUCAAGAGAAUCUUCUCUAGUUAGAUAACCAAUUGGCCAAAGGUUGUAAGGAUAAAUCUUUUAAAAUGGUGAAUUUAGAGAUUUGGAAGAUAGAGGAGAUAAGUAAUAUCAGGAUGAAGUAAAAAACAAUCAAAAAAAAAAAGCCAGUAAAUUCAAUGAUUUUGAUGACUUCGAUGAUUUUGAUGAUCAAUUAAAUGAUGAUGUUGGAAUCUAAACAAAUCUGAAAUAGGUAGGAGUAAUCAAAGUUCACUUUAAAGAACAUCUAUCAAAGUAAUGA